AAGUCCUGUGAUUUUUGAGCACAGGACAGCGGAGAGUGUAGUUUGACAAGAAAAAGGCCAAAAAGGCAGAAAUAAACGAAAUUUAUAAAGAAGAAAAAAAUUAAUACUUAUACAUACAUAAAUUUUAAACAAAACUUUCGUUUCACUUGUUUCUGUUUAUUUUCUCUACAUUAAGUUUUAAAAUUAUUUUUAAAAUAAUAAAGUGUUACAGUAGUGAAUUAAUUUAUAAGAUAUCGUAAUAAAAAUCUGAAAUUUUAAAACCUUUUUUACCCUUAAAUUUUUAAAAACAAAUUGAAGGUUUGGCAAAUGUCAAAAUUUUAUUUGACAACUAAAACAUUUGACAUUUUGAAAAGUGGAGACUUUCUAGCAAAGCAUAUAUUUUAGUACUUGAAGAUGUCCAAUUGUGCAACACACACCAACAAUAAAAGAAACGUGAAAAACAAACAAUAAAUAAAAUCGAAUGAGAAAAAGUGUGUAAAUACAUGUAUGUACGUGCAUAUGUGAUUAAUUUAUCCAAAUGUCCGCCUUACACUACAAGUCGACACUUUGGUGUCAUCUAAAAUGGCUGUGUCUUCUGGUCGUGUUCAUACUACUAUGCGAAAGUGUCCAGGCAAAUCCCGACGCAAAACGAUUGUACGAUGACUUACUCAGCAACUAUAAUCGGUUAAUACGACCUGUUAGCAAUAAUACCGACACAGUUUUGGUAAAACUAGGUUUAAGAUUAUCACAACUUAUUGAUCUGAACUUAAAAGAUCAAAUUCUAACGACGAAUGUGUGGUUAGAACACGAGUGGCAGGAUCACAAAUUCAAAUGGGAUCCUUCUGAAUAUGGUGGCGUAACAGAAUUGUAUGUACCAUCAGAACACAUUUGGCUGCCAGAUAUUGUAUUAUACAAUAAUGCUGACGGUGAAUAUGUAGUGACAACAAUGACAAAGGCUAUUUUACACUACACUGGCAAAGUAGUGUGGACACCACCUGCCAUCUUUAAGUCAUCCUGUGAAAUCGAUGUGCGUUAUUUUCCCUUUGAUCAGCAAACAUGUUUUAUGAAAUUUGGUUCAUGGACCUAUGAUGGCGAUCAAAUUGAUUUAAAACAUAUUAAUCAGAAAAAUGACAAGGAUAAUAAAGUGGAAAUUGGUAUUGAUUUACGUGAAUAUUAUCCAAGUGUGGAAUGGGAUAUCUUAGGUGUUCCAGCUGAGCGUCAUGAAAAAUAUUAUCCCUGUUGUGCUGAACCAUAUCCUGAUAUUUUCUUUAACAUUACGUUACGCCGUAAAACACUAUUUUAUACCGUCAACUUGAUCAUACCUACUGUUGGCAUUUCAUAUCUAUCGGUUUUGGUUUUCUAUUUACCAGCCGACUCGGGUGAAAAGAUUGCUUUGUGUAUCAGUAUUCUGCUCUCGCAGACCAUGUUCUUUUUACUUAUAUCCGAAAUUAUACCCUCCACAUCGUUAGCUCUUCCACUGCUGGGUAAAUAUUUACUAUUCACCAUGUUGCUAGUAGGCUUGAGUGUUGUCAUUACAAUCAUUAUACUCAAUAUACAUUAUCGUAAGCCCAGCACGCACAGAAUGGCUCCCUGGGUGAGAUCGUUCUUUAUAAAGCGACUGCCGAAACUGCUCUUAAUGAGAGUGCCAAAUGAUCUGCUGAGGGAUUUGGCAGCCAGUAAGGUUAAUUAUGGCAUGAACUUUAAUAAGACCAAAUUUGGCAAAGCCUUAAUGGAUGAAAUGAACAUUAAUUCGGGCAAUUCAAGUCCAGAUUCCAUACGACGCAUGCAGGGUCGUGUAGGCAAUGGUCUAAGCAGCGCCUCGGCUACAAAUCGAUUCAGUGGCAUGAUGGGUGUAUUAGGUGGAGGCCUUAGUACUCUAAGUGGCUACAAUGGGUUACCUUCGGUGCUGUCUGGUCUGGAUGAUUCAUUGAGCGAUGUGGCUCCACGCAAAAAAUAUCCAUUCGAGUUGGAAAAAGCCAUACACAACGUCAUGUUCAUACAAAAUCACAUGCAACGCCAGGACGAAUUUAAUGCAGAAGACCAAGAUUGGGGCUUUGUGGCCAUGGUUUUAGAUCGUUUAUUUUUAUGGAUUUUUGCCAUCGCUUCGUUAGUGGGCACUUUCAUGAUUCUGGGUGAAGCACCUUCCCUUUAUGAUGAUACCAAACCCAUUGAUGUGGAACUAUCUGUAAUUGCUCAGCAAAUUUACAAUCUAACUGAAAAGAAAUCCUAAAUAUGUUAAAUUUGAGGAAACAACAAAACGUAAAAUAAGAUGAAAUUAUAUGAAUUAUUAAAGCAACUACAACAACAAAUGGCAACCAAAUGUUAACAACAAAAUAUUUAUAAUAUUAAGUAAACCUAUACAAAAACACACUGACACUCCAACACCACAACACAAUUUAGACACACUUCUUAAAACAACUUAAAUAUUAACU